AUUAACUGGACAUUUGCUAACUGUUCCGGCCUGCGUGGUGAGCAUUCAAGGGCUGAAGAAAAUGCCGCUGGCUAGAUCACUGUCCAUGACUUCCCUUAACGGGCUUCCUCAGUGGGAGGAUGAAAACCUACCAGUGGAGGAUUUGUUGCUCUUUGAAGUUUCUUGGGAAGUUACCAACAAAGUGGGAGGCAUUUACACUGUGAUCCAGACAAAAGCCAAAACUACGGCAGAUGAGUGGGGUGAAAACUAUUUUCUGGUUGGUCCCUAUUUUGAGCACAAUGUGAAGACUCAGGUGGAAGCAUGUGAGCCUCCAAACCCCGCAGUUAAGAAGGCAAUGGACACCAUGAAAAGCCAAGGGUGUCAGGUCUUUUUUGGAAGAUGGCUGAUAGAGGGCAGCCCAUAUGUCUUACUGUUCGAUAUAGGAUCAGCAGCUUGGAAUCUGGACAGGUGGAAGGGUGAAUUUUGGGAUGUCAGCAACAUAGGGAUCCCUUUUCAUGACCGAGAAGCCAACGAUGCUGUGAUUUUUGGAUCGUUAACAGCCUGGUUUUUAAAAGAGCUUUCCUGUCAGUUUGAUGACAAGCCCAAUGUAAUUGCCCACUUCCAUGAGUGGCAGGCAGGAGUGGGUUUAAUACUGUCUCGAUCUCAGAAACUCCCUGUUGCCACAAUUUUUACCACCCAUGCAACUCUGCUUGGGAGAUACCUGUGUGCAGCCAGUAUAGAUUUUUACAACAAUCUUGACCAGUUUGACAUUGACAAGGAAGCAGGAGAGAGAGAGAUUUACCAUCGGUACUGUAUGGAACGGGCAUCUGUACAUUGUGCCCAUGUAUUCACCACAGUCUCACAGAUAACAGCUGUAGAAGCAGAACAUAUGCUUAAAAGAAAUCCUGAUGUUGUCACCCCAAAUGGCUUGAACAUUAAGAAAUUUUCAGCAAUGCAUGAGUUUCAGAAUUUGCAUUCCAUGUACAAGGCUAGGAUCCAAGAGUUCAUUCGAGGUCAUUUCUAUGGCCACCUUGACUUCAGUCUUGAGAAGACCUUAUUUUUCUUCAUUGCUGGGAGAUAUGAGUUUUCCAACAAAGGAGCUGAUAUGUUUCUAGAAGCCUUAUCAAGAUUAAACUUUUUGCUGAGGGUCCAUAAGACUGAUGUUACAGUUGUUGUGUUCUUCAUCAUGCCAGCAAAGACAAACAAUUUCAAUGUGGAAACCCUAAAAGGACAAGCAGUCCGGAAGCAGCUCUGGGACACUGCACAAUCUGUGAAAGAAAAGUUUGGAAAGAAACUCUACAAUGCCCUGCUGAAAGGAGAAAUUCCAGACUUGAACAAGAUUCUUGACCGAGAUGAUAUAACCAUUAUGAAAAGAGCCAUCUUUUCAACUCAGCGACACUGUCUGCCUCCAGUGACCACCCACAACAUGAUUGACGAUGGCAAUGAUCCAAUCCUCAAUACCAUCCGACGCAUUGGUCUCUUCAAUAACCGGACAGACAGAGUGAAGGUGAUCCUACAUCCAGAGUUUCUUUCUUCGACAAGCCCAUUGCUGCCCUUGGACUAUGAGGAGUUUGUGAGAGGCUGCCACCUUGGUGUAUUUCCAUCAUACUAUGAACCCUGGGGUUACACUCCAGCUGAAUGUACUGUGAUGGGCAUUCCCAGUGUAACCACAAACCUUUCUGGAUUUGGCUGUUUCAUGCAGGAACACGUUGCUGACCCAGCGGCUUAUGGCAUCUACAUAGUUGACAGGAGGUUCCGCUCACCUGAUGAAUCAUGCAACCAGCUGACUCAGUUCCUGUAUGGAUUUUGUCAGCAGUCCCGUCGCCAGAGGAUCAUCCAAAGAAACCGAACUGAGAGGCUCUCAGAUCUGUUGGACUGGAGAUACCUAGGCAGGUAUUACAUGCAUGCCAGACACUUGGCCCUCAGCAGAACAUUCCCAGAUAAAUUUGAGAUGGAACCACGUGCUCCACUAAAGACGGAAGGUUUCAGGUACCCAAGGCCUUCAUCAGUGCCACCAUCACCUUCUGUCUCUCAGCAUUCCAGCCCUCACCAUAGUGAAGAUGAAGAUGAAGAUGAGGAUGAAAGAUAUGAUGAGGAUGAGGAAGCCAAAAGGGAUAGGCAAAACAUCAAGCCUCCCUUUUCCCUUGGAGUAUUGCCGCAAGGAAAAAAGAAGCAGCAUGGAGAAUACAGGAACUGA